AUGAAUUCCAAGGCAUUCCAGAAGAAGCUGACAAGACGGUACGAACUCAUCGACUGGGACGACAGAAGUACGAUACGAUACGGCACAGAGAUCAGCAAUAGGUCACUCGAGUUGCCGAAUAUCCCUACAUCAUUUAAAGCCUCCCAAUUACAGGAAGGAAUGCAACAAGCCACCGAACCACACCGGAAGGUAAACACUUCACAUGGAAAUGCAGCAAAGGGAGACCACAAUAAAAGCGCCUCAAGAUACCAACGGCAACCAGAGCAGGCGUGUAUGGUGGUGAAGGAGGUGGUGUUGAUGCGGAUGGAGCACGGGACAGCCCAGCAGGGGGGGCAAGCCCAGGCAGUGGCUCAAGCCAGCCAACACCGAGGGGAGUACCCGUACAAGCUUCAGCAAUGCGUUUAG